CUCGACGCGUCGCCCAUUUAAGAGCCGCCUCCAACCCCUCCACGUCCUGUCCACUUCAACCACACCACUUCACGCCCGAGAUACCCAUAUCCCCUUAGUUUCUUUCCUCGGUCAAUAUGUUUGUCUUCAAGCGCGAUGGACGCAAAGAACGCGUCCAGUUCGACAAGAUCACUGCCCGGGUGUCCAGGCUAUGUUAUGGCCUGGACCCGGAACACGUCGACCCUGCCGCCAUCACAAUGAAAGUCAUCUCUGGCGUGUACCAGGGCGUGACGACCGUCGAGCUAGACAACCUGGCGGCCGAGACAGCAGCAUACAUGACCGUCACACAUCCCGACUACGCCAUCCUCGCCGCGCGUAUCGCCGUGUCGAAUCUCCACAAGCAAACAAAGAAGCAGUUCUCUGCUGUGAUAAGAGACCUGUUCGACUACGUGAAUCCGAAGAACGGGACGCACGCGCCCAUGAUCUCCAAGUCGGUCUACGACAUUGUCCAAACCCACGCCGAGGAGCUCAACUCGGCUAUCGUCUACGACCGCGACUUCAACUACCAGUUCUUCGGCUUCAAGACCCUCGAGCGCUCGUACCUUCUCCGCAUCAACGGCAAGGUUGCUGAGCGCCCGCAGCACAUGCUGAUGCGUGUGGCGGUGGGCAUCCACGGCGAGAACAUUGAGAAGGUCAUCCAGACAUACGACAUGAUGUCGCAGAAGUUCUUCACACAUGCCUCGCCGACGCUCUUCAACGCGGGUACUCCCCAACCCCAGAUGUCGUCCUGCUUCCUCGUCGACAUGAAGGAGGAUAGCAUUGAGGGAAUUUACGACACGCUGAAGACGUGUGCCAUGAUUUCCAAGACCGCUGGCGGGAUUGGUCUGAAUGUGCACCGCAUUCGCGCCACCGGCUCAUAUAUUGGCGGAACCAACGGGACGUCGAACGGUCUCAUUCCCAUGCUUCGCGUCUACAACAAUACUGCUAGGUAUGUGGAUCAAGGUGGCAAUAAGCGUCCUGGUGCGUUUGCCAUCUACCUCGAGCCAUGGCACGCCGAUGUCUUUAGCUUCCUUGAUCUCCGCAAGAACCACGGCAAGGAGGAGAUCCGCGCGCGCGACCUGUUCUAUGCCUUGUGGAUCCCGGAUCUCUUCAUGAAGCGCGUCCAAGAGAACGGAGAUUGGACUCUCUUCUGCCCUAACGAGGCCCCUGGGCUUGCCGACGUCUACGCCGAUGAGUUCGAGGAAUUGUACCACCAGUAUGAGAAAGAGGGCCGCGGCCGCGAGACGGUGCGCGCUCAAAAGCUUUGGUACGCCAUUAUCGAGGCUCAGACGGAGACUGGCAACCCAUACAUGCUCUACAAGGACGCCUGCAACCGCAAGAGCAAUCAGAAGAAUCUCGGAACCAUCCGAAGCUCUAACCUUUGCACCGAGAUCAUUGAGUACACGGCACCUGACGAGGUUGCUGUGUGCAACCUUGCGUCCCUUGCACUCCCCAUGUUCGUCGACCAAAAGCAUAGCGAGUAUGACUUCCAGAAGCUCCACGAGGUCACUCAGGUUGUCACUCGCAACCUCAACAAGAUCAUUGAUGCCAAUCACUACCCAGUCGAAGAGGCCCGCAACAGCAACUUCCGUCACAGGCCUGUCGGUCUUGGUGUGCAAGGUCUUGCUGAUACGUUCCUGGCUUUGCGCAUGCCUUUCGACUCUCCUGAGGCUAAGAAACUUAACAUUCAGAUCUUUGAGACCAUCUAUCACGCUGCGCUCACCGCGUCGUGUGAGCUUGCCAAAGAGGAGGGUCCCUACUCCACUUACGAGGGCUCGCCCGUGUCCCAAGGUAUCCUCCAGUACGACAUGUGGAAUGUCACUCCAACGGAUCUCUGGAACUGGACAGAGCUGAAGGACAAGAUCGCCCAACACGGUGUCCGCAACUCGCUCCUCGUUGCGCCCAUGCCCACCGCUUCCACUUCCCAGAUCCUCGGGAACAACGAGUGCUUCGAACCGUAUACAUCGAACAUCUACUCCCGCCGUGUCUUGGCCGGUGAAUUCCAGGUGGUAAACCCCUGGCUCCUCCGAGACCUGGUGGAGAUGGGUCUGUGGUCGGACAACAUGAAGAACCGUAUCAUCGCCGAUGGCGGCUCCAUCCAGCGCAUCCCCAAUAUCCCAGAUGAUAUUAAGGCUCUGUACAAGACCGUUUGGGAGAUCUCGCAGCGCACCAUCGUGCAGAUGGCUGCGGACCGCGGUGCCUUCAUUGACCAGUCCCAGUCCCUCAACAUCCACAUGAAGGAGCCUACGAUGGGCAAGAUCACCUCCAUGCAUUUUGCUGGGUGGAAGCUUGGUCUCAAGACUGGCAUGUACUACCUCCGCACGAUGGCCGCCUCUGCUCCCAUCCAAUUCACCGUCGAUCAGGAGGCAUUGAAGGUGGCUGAUACCAAUGUUGCUCGCGCUCUGCCUAACAAGCGGAAGAGUCACGCUGCCUCACCAUCUCCGUCUUCCGUGCCGCGACCCAUGUACAUGGCCAAGACCCCGAAUGGCACCGCGAAUGGCAUCUCGUCCCUUAACAACCUCCUUACGCCUUCCGCUACACCGCUAACUAGCUCUGAGAACAAGCAGCUGAACGGCGCCGCGAAGGAGAAUGCUCUGGACCCCAAACCCAUCAAGGCGGACGUGGAUGACGGCAGCCCCAAGCUGCUUACCACAGAUCCGGAUAACAAGCUCGUAGAGGAAGAGGCCCUCCCUGAGGCUCGUUCCAAGCAGGAGGAGGAUAAGGGGGAUGAGAGCGCUGCUCGCGAGGGUGACAUCUACUCCGACGCCGUGCUCGCCUGCUCGAUAGAGAACAAGGAGGCUUGCGUGAUGUGCAGUGGUUAGGCAAGCAGAAUGUUGGAUUAUGAUGCGAUGUGUACAGGUAAACGCUAGAUGGUUGAGGGCAUGCAAGUGCCUUGUAUUUCUCUGUUUUGUAUAUGGGAGUGGCGUUCAAUGGUAGGAUUCAUCGCUUGCUUAAUACGUGCGAGGGAUGAUCGUUCAUGAAGCUGGGCUUGGUUGUUUGCAUUUUCAUAUACCAAACUUAAUACAUGUACCGCAUCCCAAUUCUACAACCAUUGCUCCUAUGUACAAGCGCUUGUUAUGGGCACGACAGCAAUUCCGAGAGGAGGAUCUCAG